AUGCCCGAGGGCCAGGGGGCGCCUGCCUCUCCCCAGGCGUUUCGGAGCAGCCCGGACAGGGGCUCGUCGGGACCCGCAGCCUGCCCGCCGCCCCAGCUCCCGGCCCCGGGGCCUGCGGAGUCUCCGGCGUCUCCGGCCCCUCGUCGGGGCGCCAUCCGCGCCAGCUUCCCGCAGAAGCUGGCGGAGGCGCUGAGCAGCCAGUAUGGGCUGAACGUGUUCGUGGCGGGGCUGCUGUUCCUGCUGGCCUGGGCCGUGCACGCCUCGGGCGUGGGCAAGAGCGACCUGCUGUGCUUCCUCACGGCGCUCAUGCUGCUGCAGCUGCUCUGGAUGCUGUGGUACGUGGGCCGCAGCUCCGCGCACCGCCGCCUCAAGGACACGCACGCCGGCGCGCGCUGGCUCCGCGGUAGUAUCACGUUGUUUGCAGUCAUUACCAUCAUCCUGGGAUGCCUUAAAAUUGGGUACUUCGUUGGAUUUUCUGAAUGUUUAUCAGCCACAGAAGGAGUUUUCCCUGUUACCCAUGCGGUACAUACUCUGUUGCAGGUGUACUUUCUUUGGGGGCACGCAAAGGAUAUCAUCCAAUCUUUCAAAACACUGGAAAGGUUUGGGGUGAUCCACUCAGUGUUCACCAACCUGCUUCUUUGGGCGAACAGCAUCCUGAAUGAGUCAAAGCACCAACUUAACGAGCACAAGGAACGGCUCAUCACCCUGGGCUUCGGGAACAUAACGAUAGUUUUAGAUGACCACACGCCUCCGUGUAACUGCACGCCCCCGACCCUCUGCUCUGCCAUCUCCCACGGGAUCUAUUACCUCUACCCUUUCAACAUAGAGUAUCAGAUACUGGCCUCCACGAUGCUCUACGUCCUGUGGAAAAACAUCGGGCGCAAAGUUGACAGUCAUCAGCGUCAGAAGAUGCAGUUCAGGUCUCACGGGGUCAUGCUGGGCUCGGUACUGGGCCUGACGGCACUGGCUGCCACUAUUGGGGUCGUGGUGGUGUAUCUGAUUUGGAUCGGGCGUUCCAAAACCGGGAGCGAGUCAGCACUCAUCAUGUUCUACCUGUAUGCCAUCACCUUGCUCGUACUCAUGGGGGCGGCAGGGCUGGCUGGGAUCCGGAUUUAUAGGCUAGAUGAGCAAUCACUAGACGAGUCCAAAAAUCCGGCCCGCAAACUGGACGCAGACCUGUUGGUGGGCACUGCCUCCGGCUCCUGGCUCAUCUCCUGGGGCUCCAUCCUGGCCAUCCUCUUUGCUGAGUCCUGCCCCCCGUACACCUGGUACAACCUGCCCUACUCCAUCCUGGUGGUUGUUGAGAAGUACAUCCAGAACCUCUUCAUCAUUGAGUCCAUUCACCGAGAGCCAGAGAAGCUCUCCAAGGACCUCAGAACCCCGCAGGUGGUCACAGUCUGCAAUGGCAAUGCCACAUCCCUCCCUUCUUCUUGCUUCGAGAGCAGACCUGCAGCCGGGGACGUGGCUCCCCAGGACAGCGAGAUGCCACAUGCGGCCAAUGGAAAUAUGUGUCUGAGAGAAGUUGGUAGCAAAGAGGAAGAGGAAAAGAGCUGGGAAGGGGCCCUGGGCCCAGCCUGCCACCCCCGUUUCCUGCAGGGCAAUGCCCAGAGAAGAGUCUUAAGGAAUAUUGCAGCCUUUUUGUUCCUCUGCAAUAUUUCGCUCUGGAUCCCUCCCGCCUUUGGCUGCCGCCCCGAGUACGACAACGGAUUGGAGGAAAUUGUCUUUGGCUUUGAACCCUGGAUAAUAGUGGUCAACCUGGCCAUGCCUUUUUCUAUUUUCUACCGAAUGCACGCAGCUGCCUCCCUCUUUGAGGUCUAUUGUAAGAUAUAAUCUGUGUCCACAUCAAAGACUGAGGAGAGAGAUAACAAGAGAAUUCAGUGGAGCCACCUGGGAAUGGCGAGGUCGGGCAAA